CCGACUGCCAGAGGCAGCACUUUCUCCCUUUUUCUCUCUUUCUCUCACUCUGCGCGGAGCGUGGGGGGGUGGGGGGAAGAGGAGAAGGAAUUCUUUCCCCGCCUAACAUUUCAAGGGACACAAUUCACUCCAAGUCUCUCCCCUCUCCAAGCCGCUUCCCAAGUGCGCCCGAUACCCGCAGUUCCUGACCCCAAAGCGAGAGCAGAGCCUCUCGGACCUCCAGCCCUCUUCCACGUCCUCCGCUUCCCUCCUCCUCUCGCCACCUCCACCUCCGCCGCCACCGCCACCUCCGGCACCCACCCCCCGCCGCCGCCGCCACCGGCAGCGCCUCCUCUCUCCUCCUCCUCCUCCUCCUCCCUCUUCGCUCUUUUUGGCAGCCGCGGGACGUCCGGUGUUGAUGGUGGCAGCGGCGGCAGCCUAAGCAACUGCAGCCUCGCAGCCCGCCGGCUCUCUCCCCGGCCUGCUCCUCGGCCCCGCACCCGUCUCCGAAGGCGCUGGGCAGACUCGGGCGGUCGAGGCGCAGCGGCUGUAGCGGCGGCGGGAGGCAGGAUGAGCGCACGCGGUGAGGGCGCCGGGCAGCCGUCCACUUCAGCGAAGGGACAACCUGCCGCCCCGGCGCCUCAGAAGAGAGGACGCGGCCGACCCAGGAAGCAGCAGCAAGAGCCAACCGGUGAGCCUUCUCCUAAGAGACCCAGGGGAAGACCUAAAGGGAGCAAGAACAAGAGCCCCUCCAAAGCAGCUCAGAAGAAAGCGGAAGCAACUGGGGAAAAGCGGCCAAGAGGCAGACCCCGGAAAUGGCCACAACAAGUUGUUCAGAAGAAGCCUGCUCAGGAGGAGACUGAGGAGACGUCCUCACAAGAGUCCGCGGAGGAGGACUAGGCAGCGCUGACCUCUACCUCACGCAGUUGAUCUUUGAAGGGAGAAGACACCGCAGUGACCACUUACUCUGUUGCCAGGGUCUUC